AUGGAGCUCCCAGAGGAGCCUGCUCCUGAGCCGGGAGGUGCGGACGCCGUGCCCGAGCGCCGUGGGCUGAGCCUGCUGCUGUCCGGCUUCCAAAAGGAACUGCGGGCGCUCCUGGUCCUGGCGGGUCCUGCGUUCUUGGCCCAGUUGAUGAUGUUCCUAAUUAGCUUCAUAAGCUCCGUGUUCUGUGGUCACCUGGGCAAGCUAGAGCUGGACGCGGUCACACUGGCAAUCGCGGUUAUCAACGUCACUGGCAUUUCAGUGGGACAUGGCUUAUCUUCUGCGUGUGACACCCUCAUCUCCCAGACAUUUGGGAGCCAGAACUUGAAGCACGUGGGGGUCAUCCUGCAGAGAGGGACACUUAUCCUGCUCCUCUGUUGCUUCCCCUGCUGGGCACUCUUCAUCAACACCGAGCACAUUCUGCUGCUCUUCAGGCAGGACCCAGAUGUGUCCAGGCUCACCCAGACCUACGUCAUGAUCUUCAUCCCAGCGCUUCCUGCAGCCUUUCUUUAUACGUUACAAGUUAAAUACCUGCUCAACCAGGGCAUUGUUCUGCCACAGAUUGUGACCGGAUUCGCAGCCAACCUUAUCAACGCCCUGGCCAACUAUCUGUUUCUCCAUCAGCUGCAUCUUGGGGUGAUGGGUUCAGCGAUAGCCAACACCAUCUCCCAAUUUGCUCUGGCCAUCCUCCUGUUCCUCUACAUCCUCUGGAGAAAACUGCAUCAAGCCACGUGGGGAGGGUGGUCCUGGGAGUGUCUGCAUGACUGGGCCUCCUUCCUGCAGCUGGCCGUCCCUAGCAUGCUCAUGCUGUGCAUUGAAUGGUGGGCCUACGAGAUAGGCAGCUUCCUGAGCGGUAUCCUUGGCAUGGUGGAGCUGGGAGCCCAGUCCAUCACCUAUGAAUUGGCUAUUAUUGUGUACAUGAUUCCUGCAGGCUUCAGUGUGGCGGCCAACGUCCGGGUGGGAAAUGCGUUGGGUGCUGGAAACAUUGAACAGGCCAAGAAGUCCUCAGCAGUUUCCUUGAUAGUCACAGAGCUUUUUGCUGUGACCUUCUGUGUCCUGAUGAUAGGGUGUAAGGAUCUCGUGGGCUACAUCUUCACUACCGACCGAGACAUCGUGGCCUUGGUGGCGCAAGUGGUCCCCAUUUAUGCUGUGUCCCACCUCUUUGAAAGUCUUGCUUGUACCUGUGGUGGAGUGCUGAGGGGCACUGGAAACCAGAAGGUCGGAGCCAUCGUUAACGCCAUCGGGUAUUAUGUGAUUGGCCUCCCCAUUGGGAUUGCACUGAUGUUCGCAGCCAAGCUGGGCGUGAUAGGUCUGUGGUCAGGAAUCAUCAUCUGCACUGUCUGUCAGGUUGUAUGUUUCCUGGCUUUUAUUGCUCGGCUCAAUUGGAAACUCGCCUGUCAACAGGCUCAAGUACAUGCCAAUUUGAAGGUAAACAUGGCCAUGAAUGGGAGUUCUGCUGUCUCUCAGGAGCCGGCUCACGCAGUAGGUCCUGAAAGCCAUGGAGAAAUUAUGAUGACGGAUCUUGAAAAGAAAGACGAGACUCAGCUGGACCAGCAGACGAACCAGCAACAAGUUUUGCCUGUCCGCCCGAAGGCCAGCAAUGAACUGUCUAGGAUACAGUUGGUCCUAAGGCGAGGGCUCCUGCUCCUCGGAGUCAUUGCAGUCUUGGUGGGGGGGAUUUUAGUGAGAGUAUAUGUCAGAGUUGAGUGAUGUGGAAGAACCAGAGAUCAAGCCACACAGUUGCUCCCUGGUUUAAUGAGAUUACAUACUGAAAAUAUUACAUUCGGACUGGGGGGAAUUGCUGUGGUAGACAAACACAUGCUUAGUGUGUUCAGGACCCUCUAACAAGUAAGCGCUCUCUCUCUCUC